AUGGAUACGAUCGCGCUUUUAUCAGCGCAGUACUUCCAACAAGUCGACCCCCCCUUCCUUUCUUUGCCCGAUGGCCCCGCCCUCGUUUCCCCCACCAUACAAUCCGCCAUCUAUGAGCGCAUGUUCAACGAAGACACAGCAUGGCCUCUCCCUCCAGCUCCUUACCAGACGCGCGUCCUAAAGACAAUUAUCGCACGGAUUGAAGACUCUAUCUCCGAUCCUGAGGAGGAUGAAAUCCUUGACAAUCUGAUGGAAAAAUGGACCUCUCUACUCUCAAAACCAAAACCCCCGGCCCUCGAGCAAGCGCAAAAACUCACCUACAUAAAGUACAGCACCCCUACGACAUCCUCAUUACCCGACGCAGAAACACACCCAGAACGAUGCGAAAGCUCCGAUCCAAAAACGAUCGUCACCUCUGAAAACCGCUCCCUCAUUCUCUCUGCAGGAACAACAGGGUUCCGCACAUGGGAAGCAGCCUUACACCUAGGCACAUUCCUCUCCACUACAAAUUCUGGGGGAUCUCUCAUAGCGAACAAGCGCGUUCUCGAACUUGGUGCCGGCACGGGAUUUCUUUCCUUCCUUUGCGCAAAACAUCUAGGUGCCGAAAGUGUUACCGCUACGGAUCGAGAGCCUGCACUUAUUGAGCAGAUUAAUGAUUGUAUUGGGAAAAAUGGGUUGGAUAGCAAGAAAAUCCAGGCAGGGAUUUGGGAGUGGGGGGCGCCACUUCAGAUCUCUCCUCCCUUUGAGGAAGGUGAAGAUAACGCCCGGACAGAGUUUGAUAUCGCCAUCGGAGCGGACUUGAUAUACGACACCGACAUCGUCCCCCUCCUGGUCUCCACCAUCAAGGAUCUAUUCAACAACUACUUCAUAAAGGAGUUCAUCAUCGCCGCAACAGUACGUAACGAAGAUACCUUCAACACAUUUUUAGAUGUCUGCGGUAAGUCGUGCUCCCUUCCCUUAUCUGCCAUUUCACUCGUCAAUCGGCGGCUGGGGCUGUUGGUGAAGAAGUACCUACCGCCCACCCGCCUUCAGUUUUCUUCCCCCACUCUUGUCUUGUAG